GUCUCUGUGUGAUGUCUGUGGGGAGAUACAUGAAGGUUUCUUCUUCUCAUGCCAACUCUGUGAUUUCUGGAUUCAUCAAGACUGCACCAUACUGCCUACCGCUAUCACGCUCAUUUAUCCUUGGCCUUUCCUUCUCGCUUAUUCUAUUCCUGCCAUUAUGCGAUCUCUUCAGUGCACAGUUUGCUACCAUCCCUUGCUUCUUACCCAUAACGCCAUCUAUCUAUGUCCCCAAAACCAGAAGUUUUCUCACGUCAGAUGUGGACUCAACAAAACUCAAUCCAAAACAAGGCUAGAGUUGCUCCAACUGCAAGACGACGAGUUGGACACAUUUCCAAGUUUGGAGAUCCGUACAUACUCCCAGAGAAACCAAACAGAUAAUAUUAGUGAUGGAGAUAGGAAGCUUGCAAUUGAGAAUUUUCACAAGCAUCCUUUGACCCUAGUUGGUGAUGCGGCAGAGGAUCAUAAUUACAAUUGUAAAAAAUUAGUGUGUGAUAUAUGCAUACAAACCAUUACCAUUCCAUCUCCAUUUUACAGAUGCUCCCAACAAACUGGUGGCUGCUCUUUCCUUGCGCAUAAAGUCUGUUCAGAGCUUAUCCCUAUUAUCAAGUUUGGGUUACCAAUGGAUAGAAACGGCGAACGAUUAAAGGCACAACCUUGUCCGUGCCCGAACCAGUGGUUCUUCAGCUCAAUAUUUUUCUGUUUUUUCUGCUCUCUUCCUUGCAAUGGACCCUGCUACUUCUUUUCUGACUCUGAACAUCCUUUGCAUGAUGUCCCCUGGAUGAUUGAUCUGUCGUGCAUGGCUGCUCCAAGCAUUACAAAGCACAGCUCACAUAGCCAACACCUUCUCUUUCGCACUGCCCGCUAUUCGCAGGCCUCUACCAUCAGUUGUUGUUCCCGCGGCUCCACCUUUCUCGAUGUCUAUAGGUGCACUACCUGCGAUUUCUACAUUCAUCUAAGGUGCGCCUUGCUCCCAAAAAGGGUUCAUUUUCGUAAAUUUGAUCAACAUCCUCUGGAUUUGAUCACUAGUAAUAGUAGUGGUAGUGAUCAUGACAUCUGUGAGGUGUGUGAGGAAGGUAUAGAGUGCAAGUAUUGGUUCUACCGAUGUGCUAAAUGUGACUACUCUUUCCACAUAAACUGCAUUCCCUCGCUUGGCUAUUUGUCCAAAGUCAAGUUCGGAGGCAAAAGUAGCAUGCCUUGUCACUCUCAUCCUCUCACACUUAAACGGAUGCUUACUUACGGAAGAAAUGAGAGGUGUGGGUAUUGUCACCAAAUCAUCCCGGGAUUGAUAGAUGAAGCGGCUUUCUCAUGCUCACAGUGCGAAUAUUGGGUUCAUUUUUCUUGUGCGAGGGAUUCACUCUCAUCCUCUGAUCAGAUUCCUAGAUCCAUGGUUUUCGGUGAAUUCGAUAUGCAGGCGAUAUAUGAUCAUAUAAGUAGCAUUCAAUCUGAGUUGUGAGUUGUAAAGCCUUUUAACGGGGCAUUUAGUUGUAAGUUGUUAUUGUGUUUCA